AUGGCAAGCCAUAUGAUGGAUUCCAUAGAACAAUUCAAUCAUUCCCAAGUGUCAGAAUUCGUUUUGCUGGGACUGAUCAGUUCCCAAGAUACACAAUUUCUUCUCGUUGCACUCUUCUCAGUUACCUAUGUGAUCACUGUUUUGGGAAACCUUCUCAUUGUGGUCACAGUGUUUUAUACCCCAAACCUGAAUACCCCCAUGUACUUUCUCCUUGGAAACCUCUCCUUUGUGGACAUGACUCUUGCUUCUUUUGUCACCCCUGAGAUGAUUAUUAACUUGGUAAAAAAGCAUAAGACUAUUUCCUUUGCUGGAUGUUUCACUCAGAUCUUUCUCCUUCACUUCCUGGGUGGGAUUGAAAUGGUACUGUUGGUCUCCAUGGCAUAUGACAGAUAUGUGGCCAUUUGUAAGCCACUACACUACAUGGCCAUCAUGAACAAGAGGGUGUGCAUUUUGCUGGUAGUGACCUCAUGGUUCUCAGGUCUCCUUCACUCAGGGCUUCAGAUACCAUUUUUUGUGAAUUUGACUUUCUGUGGUCCCAAUGUGGUAAACAGCAUUUUCUGUGAUCUGUCUAUGGUUACUAAGCUUGCCUGUGUAGAUACCUACAUUGUACAGAUAGUCAUUGUUGCCAACAGUGGAAUGAUCUCCCUGAGCUGUUUCCUUAUUUUGCUUAUCUCCUACAGUCUGAUCCUCAUUACCAUUUGGAGCCACUCUUCUGCUGGGCAUUCCAAAGCCCGUUCCACAUUGACUGCCCACAUCACGGUAGUGAUUCUUUUCUUUGGCCCAUGCAUCUUCAUCUAUAUCUGGCCCUUCAGCAACCACUCUGUGGAUAAGUUCCUUGCUGUGUUUUAUACCAUUGUCACCCCUAUCUUGAAUCCAAUUAUCUACACUCUGUGA